AUGGCGUCAACCCGCAUACCUCAAGAGCCAGUCAUGGCCGCAGGCUCCACAGAAGCUCUGUCCCCCACCAGAUCAGCAGGUCAUGAUGGUGUGAAAGCGCCUCAGACUAAACCAAGACAUUUGCAGCACGGCGCGCGAGCCCCCGCUGUGGCUACUGGGUCUCCUGCCAACUGUUACGCGAAACAAGACCGAGCGAGAAGACACGUAGACGGCUGGCCUCCGCUAGUCCUUCAGUAUGAGGCUUUCCCUAUGGGGUCAUGUUAA